CUUUUCCUGGGAAAGAUGAGAUCUCUAUUAAACUUAGUAAACUACUUCCUUUUUCCAUAGAAUUUAUCAAAAAGCCAUCUUUCAAUGGCCCCUUUACACUCAUCACUACUCCCUCUCACUCCCUUUGCUUAAAAACAUCACCCUCUUGGAUCACUAACUCUCUCUUCUUCUUCUUCUUCUUCUUCUUCUUCUUGCUUAGAAUGCAAGACCAGUUCCCAAUUCCUUCUUGUUUCUCUCCAUCAGAUAAAUUUUCUGAUGAUCCAAACUCAGCAAAGUCAGGCCAGAGCCUAGUUAUGUCAGUUUAUCGAACAAAGAUCGCUGGUCACUGCCGGAUAAUCACCAUAACAUGGUGCAAGAACCUUCUUGUUCAUGGCCUUUCCAUUUCAGUUGAAGCAUUAGAUCAGAAUCCAAAUGAUGAUCACAACAUCAAUCACAACAACAUUGACAUUGAUCACAAGCACUUGAAUCAGUUCAGCUGCAAAGUAGAGCUCAGGCCUUGGUACUUCUGGAGAAAACUUGGUUCUAAGCGUUUCCAAGUUGAUGGUAAGCCUGUUGACAUCUUCUGGGAUCUCCGGCAAGCCAAAUUCUCCGGCGAGACUGAGCCUCGAUCCGAUUAUUAUGUCGCUGUUGUUUCCGAUGAAGAGGUGGUACUUUUGCUAGGUGAUCUCAAGAAAGAAGCUUAUCGCCGCACCGGCUUUCGCCCUUCGAUCAUUGACGCAAUAUUAUUGUCCAAGAAAGAGCAUGUUUUCGGCAAGAAAAGAUUUUCUACCAGAGCCAAGUUUCAUGAGAAAGAUAAGUUCCAUGAUAUAUUGUUGGAGUGCAGUAACAAUGGAGGGUUUGAUUCAGAGAUGAUGAUCAAAAUUGAUGGAAAUUCAAUGGUAGAUGUUAAGCAUCUUCAAUGGAAGUUCAGAGGCAAUGAAUCAAUUUCCAUUGGGAAGACAAGGCUAGAAGUUUAUUGGGAUGUUCAUGACUGGCUUUUUGUUCCUGGUAUGCGGCAUGCAUUGUUUAUAUUCAAACCGGUGUCAUCGCCGGCAUGUUCUUCUUCGACGUUUUCAUCGUCUUCGUCAUCGAUGAGUUCCGUUGUGAGUUUAGGGGAAGAAGGGAGUAAUGGUUCAUCUGGUUCUUGCUUGUUUCUCUAUGCUUGGAAGCUUGAGUGACUAACUAAAUAAGAACUACUACUA